GCCAAUGUCGGCACCCGUGGUGGGCUUGCAGAAUCAGGGCAACACCUGUUACCUCAAUGCCAUCCUGCAAUGCAUUGUACAUACACCCUUACUCUAUUGGUCCUUGCAGGAAGUGCCAUCCCACUGCCUGGAGAGGGAGGACACACGGUGGCUUUCAGAACUGAAGCAGCUGCUGGAGGAUAUGUCAGAGGCUGAAAAUCGCGGGCGCAUGGCCAUUUCGUCGAAGAUGUCGGAGUUGAUCACCGUGAACAAAGAAUUUAUGCAAGGACAACAGGCGGACGCCCAUGAAGCCUUCAUGUUUAUCAUUGAAAGGCUGCUGGACGCCUGCCUGGCGGUCGGCGAUGGGAAAAGCGAUAGCUCGGUCGCGGAGGCUGCCAGGAGUAGCCCUGCAACCAAGGAGACCCUGGAGAGGAACAGUCUCAUGGGUUUCCUCUUUGGAAUGGAUCUCCAGCAGACGCUCCGCUGCCGCAGUUGCUUUUGUCGCUCGAAGAAGUCGCAUGCGGAGUACUGUGUCUACCUGAGGGCGGCCUCUGGUUUGGAAGAUGAGGAUGAUGAUAGCCAUAG